CUCGACUCGGUUUAUCAAUUCAUCUUUUCUCAGGCUGUCCAAUUAACUACCUUUCCUCUCUUUCUACCCAUAUCAGCAAGCAACACACGUAUAUAUAUAAACUGCCCGAACCCAUCCCUCAAAAUGUCCAGCGACGGCCUCAUCCCCAUCUGCGUCGCCUUCUGCAUGACGACCCAAACGCACGAGAUCAUCCUCGUCGAUGAAAACACACCCUCCUUCGCCGAGCUGGCCAAACACGUCUACGACCACGUGGGCCCAAAGAUCGACGACCACUUUAAACCGGGCGGCGAGGAGCGCACCAUCACGAAGCUCUACGUUGCCUGGAACCAGCAGGCAACGGAGCACUUCCCGCGCGAGACGUAUUUCUCGGAUACGAAUAUCAAGGCUACCCUCAGGUUGCUUGCUGCGAGAAGGGGGAUUGAUAUGGUCUAUUUUUGGUUGAAUGAGAUUGAUGAGCCGGCUGCCGAGGAAGAGGAGGGAUACUGAUUGAGUGGAGGGGAGAUAGAUCGGGAAUGGA